GUACCUUCUGUCUACACUAUGUGAUGUGCUGGAUCAUUUUAUAUCAUUAAAUAUCAUAUUUUCCAGCGUGGACGUGUAGUGAUUUUUUAGAAACCAGUUUCCGGUGUGAGGAACUUCCUCUCGGCUAUGUGUUACACAUCACUGCUGACUAACACUUCAUCACCUUCAUCAUCAUCGUCUCACCCAACAGAUUAGAGUUUUAAAUCCUUAAAUGCUGACGGUUUAAAUAAAACAACCACACACAUGAAUCUUAAAUUGUUAUGGGAUAAUUUUGCCUCAGUGGCCACUUUAAAAACAGUUUGGUGGAAUGAAAGGAAUGUUUCAUUUUGGCAUCGUCACCAUUUUGGUCUUUAGGAGGAGGGGAAUUCUCCAGCCCUCAGGAUAACAUCAUACGUCAUAAAUAACUCAGACUUCCUUUUUCCUGUUGGAGCCCAUCUGCGUUUACCUUCACCCUAACCAGAGGGCUCUAAAAAAUUUUUCAGACUUGUACUGUUAUACUGUAACAGAGUUGACACAGAUGUGACAAAUACACACAAGCGCCCAUGGAAAAUGUGAGCAAGAUUUGUUUAAUAAAACGUUUUAGCCCAACUCACAAAAAUAGCACUUUGACCACAAAAACCUAACCCCAGUUUAGCACGUGGCCUUUCGGAGCACUCCCUGAGAGAAUCGGAUGAUCUUAUGCAUGGAUAUAUUUAGAAGCGGUGACCCGGGAGUGCCAAAAAUGGGAUCCGGUUUCUUUUUUAGUGCGCCUGCGGUAAGAGAGGCCAAAUGUAGAUGAUGAGGGCACAGGAGCCACAGUGGAAAUUAGCGGAUGGAAAUGGUUGUCGUGUGAGGUCUGAUCUUCCUUAAAGGCACGUGAGGUCAGGGAAAGUGAGGACAGGCGUCUGGAGACGCUUUGUGGAUCUCGUGAGACGUAGAUGUAGGGGUAAAAGGUCAGAUUUUUGGAGGUGCAGCUGUACUCUCCGGCGGUCCCCUGGGUUGGCGCCUCUAGGGCCCCUGGUGGCACCUGAAGAGUGAAGUGAUGGUGUUGAGAUUAACGCAUCCCUCCCUUCACUCAUCCACUCGCACGCUCAGACGUUGGACAGGCAGGAGGACGAAACAUUGACGGGAGAUAGAACGGGAACUUUAUUAUUUGCAGCGACUUCGCCGAUCGAGGAGAAAAUGGCCAAAGACAUGAAGAACCGACUCGCUUUCCUGAGGAGGAGAAAUGAGUCGCCCGGAAGCAGCCCGUCCGGCAAACUCGACAAAACCAUGAAGUCUGCCAAGCCCACUCCAGAAGAAGCCAUCAAAUGGGGAGAAUCCUUAGACAAGCUGCUCGGCCAUAAAUAUGGGCUGGCGGCGUUCAGAGCUUUCCUGCGCACGGAGUUCAGUGAAGAGAAUCUGGAAUUCUGGCUGGCCUGCGAGGAUUACAAGAAAAUUAAAUCGCAGUCCAAGAUGGCAUCCAAAGCCAAGAAAAUCUUUGCGGAAUACAUCGCCAUCCAGUCCUGUAAAGAGGUAAACUUGGAUUCGUACACGAGAGAGCACACUAAAGAAAACCUGCAGAGCAUCAAUCGUUCUUGUUUCGACCUGGCCCAGAGGAGGAUAUACGGCCUGAUGGAGAAAGACUCGUACCCUCGGUUUCUGCGCUCAGAACUCUACGUAGACUUAGUGAACCAAAAGAAGGCCAGCAGCACAUCGACUUCAUCCUCCUCAUAAGACGGCGGAGAGAAAGAGAGACUAGCAUCUUAAAGAUUUCUUCACUUAGCGUUAUGUUCUCAUCAGCCGCUCUGUCCAUCAGAAAGGCAAGAAAGGUCAGCGGUGGAGAAAUCCGCAGGGCGGUGUUUACAGACGGAGUGACCCGAACUAAAGGCGCUGGGCGACGGGGGUCACCACAAAGCUCAUUUGCGUUGCAUUUAUUUCCUCAUGUACUGGAGAACGGAGGAGGUUGUCAUCUCCUUUAACACAAAGACAGUCGGGUACUGUUCUGCUUCUUCAUCCGAUACACUCAUUCGAGCACCGUCGAUACGGGCGAAAUCCCCUGAGGUUGGACGUACGUAUGGUGCGUGAGGAAUGUUCUCUUCAACGUCAUCUCUCCUUAUGAUCAUGCACUUGUCGCUCAUGUCCGUUUAUCCCAAAACAUCAUAAUUUAUGAAUGAAUGCUCUAUAGGAAUGGACCAAACCACAGCAGAAGACUAGCACGUCACGCUCCGAGCUGGAAAAAGACCAAAAAUUGGUCUUUACACAACAUGCUUGGCUGCGUUCUAUAUAGCCAAUAAGCAAUUCAUUGUAGCUCCACUUUAUGAAUGGAUGAGACUCUCAGGACAUUAUGGCACUCGACUAGAAAGCUUCCAGGCUUGCUUAUAUUCCUUUUUAUUUUUUUCACCCUUAAAAUGUCGUUUUUAUGGACUUUCUAUCAUGCACUCCAUUUAUUCACAGGGCACAGGGUCGGUUAAGAUCUGUCCCUAUAUGUAUGUUGAUAAGAUAACAUGCUUUGUACAAUAUGUACUUAUUUAUUUAGAAAUCUCACUGGUUGCUGUUCAUUGCACUCGUCUAUAAUUCCCCUCUCCCUUUCCAUCCAGGUCCACAGCUGUCCUGAUGUAUAUGUGCAAUAAGUUAUUUUUAUUCUUAUGGAUAAGUUACACUUUUACGAGAGAGACGACGGAUCGAUCUCGUAAGAGUUACGAUGCGGGCGAGUUACGGUAGACGUAAGAAUGUGGCUUGCGGACGUACAUAAAUGAUUCAAUCUGUUUUCCUGGCAGCAGGCAGCCGGGUUUAUAAAUGUAUAUAUGAUUCUUUAAAAACAUGAAUAAAAUAAGACACAAACACAAAUGGUUUUGUGUGGCUGUACGUAUGUAAAUAUUUAAAGCUGUAAAAUAAUAUGUAUUGUUAUAAUACCCCAGGAUGGAGGGAGUUUUGCCUCGGAUGUACACUGCUUGUAAGGAGUUUAACGAAAUGCAUUUGAUCAUUUUCACCGUUUACAAUUUUAACGCAUCUCCUAAGAUAGCAAGUGCAGCAGAAAAUAGAGAUUUGAAAGCCAGUGUUAUUGCAAAGACAAAUAAAACAUUCAACUGGUUAAAUGAUAA